AUGAGCAAAAAGUUCAAGUCGCAGGCCUCCAGCAGUCGCGCUGCGGCCGGUGCAUUUGGGGGGUUUGGAGGAUUCUCAAAUGCCUUUGAUAGUGGUGGCCGGGAGCCUUCGGCAUUGACAUACAUUACGGAGCCGCCAGACCUUUCUCGCAUCUGGGAUCAGCAACUCGUGAUUGCAUAUAAGAACUUGCUGAAGAAAGAUGAAAUUACGCGCACCAAGGCUUUAGAAGAGCUGAAGGAAUACAUUUCUUCAGUGGAAGGCAAGAAUGGAACUGUUGAUGAGGGCUUUUUAGAAGCAUGGGUCAAAGUCUACCCUCGGGCUUCAAUUGAUCUGUCCCGACGAGUGAGACAACUAGCACAUACGAUUAUGGGCUCUGUCGCCGGUGUCGUCGGGAAGAGAAUUGCACCAUAUCUGUCCAAGGUUGUUGGGGCUUGGCUGGCUGGCCUCUACGACAGCGACCGGCCAGUUCAUCGCUCCGCCCUCGAUUCUCUUACCACGGUCUUUUCCACAGAAGCCAAAAGGAACAGCUUGUGGAAAAUCUACCAGGCCUCCAUAUUGGACUUCGUGGAGGACGUUCUUCUCCACCAAAAACCAUUAACUUUGAGUGACGAGCGGACGGUCAAGCGCGAUGACGCCGAGGCAAAGUAUGCGCGAGUUGUUGGUGCUGCUCUUCUGCUGUUCAAUCGCAUUCUAGAAAUCGAGGCACUUCUCGGGAACAAGUCUUUGUGGGCUUUCUGUACCCACGAUGACCCGUUUGUUCGGCGUUCUGUAUACGUGCUUUUGCGUUCAGUCAUAUCUCGUGAGCCAGCAUGGGUUGACUGGAAAGUCCUGAGUUCGGCCAUCAUUGGAAAAUCGCUAUCUAGCCCACAGCUAGGAUCCGCUUCAGAACUCUCCGAGUGUGUUCUCCUCUUGACAUCAUCACGACCGCAGGUAUGGACAGACGACUAUACAGGCAAGACUUCUGCGUCCAAAAGGCUGCGCCAGUACAUUCAGAAAGGGUCACAGGGCGGCCAUGGAAAUUUCUGGUCAAACCUUGAUCAGGUGCUUCGCAUCAUUCCCCAGGGUGUGCUUGCGGGUACCGACAAAACAUCAACUGAUGGAGCCGUCACUAUUUCAAGCGCAUCUGCUUUAACCGAGGCUUUCCAGGAAGGCCUUAAUUCUCGAGAAGAGCCACGUCAAAAUCUCAACAUUGGUUGGAAAACCUAUGUCAGGACUGGGGGCUGGCUCUCGACUGUUGUGCCCGGGGAACAGAAACUCGAGUUCAUUCAGACUAGACUAUUUCCACUAGUGGUGAACUACGUGCAGCCUAACCUUGAGCAGCCCCAGUGGGCCCUUCCUCCACAGUUGGCUGAAGAGGUUUGUACCGAGUGCAUCGCUACGCUUGUUUCAAACGGGCAGCACGACGAGCUCCAAUCCCUAUGGGUACAGCUUGCCAAUGUUUUGCUGGAGGCUGUCAAAUUGUCAUCUCCAGAACAAUCGAAGGAUUUCCGCUUAUCUCAAGAUUCAAUCUGUUCCCAAGCGAAACGACUCUUUGCAUUGGUACCCGCUGUCCUUUCACGUGCACCGGGUGCCGAGAGUGAAGCAACCGUACAGACAAUCUUCGAACAGUCAACCUCGCUUCUUCUCGAAGGUUGUUUACAAGUGCUUCGUUCGCGCAAUGGCAAGCCUUAUGGCGCUGCUGGGGUCGUUGAAGAAUGUGUUCGCAGCACGCCUCCGGUGGCAAAGCGCUCUCAGGACCUCCUCAAAUUCAUCCAAAAUGAUGCGCCUGGGCUUCUCUUCUCCCCAUCGGGUGAUCGCCUCAUCGCAAUUAUUUUGGCAUGCCGAGAAUGGGAUGGUUUCUCCUCCAGUUUCGAGAAUGUUGUUGAAAGUGCAAUGGAGUUGGAGCCCGAGCAGUCCAACGCCCACAUCCUCCAAAGCCUACUCUUGAACCUCGACUUCAAUGAGGUUGGGGAUAAAGCCAAGUUAUCCUCCUUAAUCAUGCGGGCUCUGGGAAAGUCCUUGCAAGGAAGUCACUCUCACUGGGCUAUUGUUAUCUCGGUUUUCCGAAACCAGUCCUCCCAAGGUCAAUUGAGAGAUCAAAUAUUCUUGUCGAUAAUCGAUGCGUUGUCUCAGGAUGAUAAGGUCUUUGCUGCUUUGCAUGGCCUCUCUCAUCUUGGACAAGCUGUCCCGUCAGCAGUUCGUGAGUUUCAGUCUGGAUCUCAUGGCUCAAAGUUAACAGCGAAGCUACUCUAUUUGACGGAGUCCCCGUCAGAGGAGGUUGCAAGCCUGGCAGAGUCGCUGAUGAAGACUUUCAAGGAGACCGUGGUCGGAGAUACGAGUACCAAGUCUAAGAUUGAAAUCCUUCACAGUGGGUUCACUCAUGCUAACGAAGAAUCAUUGUCAAUUGAGUCUCUCUAUGCUAUUGCAGAGGAGCUUUUGUACGGCCUCACAGCGGAUCAGUCUGACUAUGCAAUCAAGGACAUCUUGCCUUCUUCUGAUGCAUGGGAGAAUGCCAUGGGUCCCUUCCUUCAGCUACCGCCGCGCGUCUCAGCAGCCAUUACCGGCCCACUUGGGGGCAUUGUCCAUCUGAUCCAUCGCGAUAUUUCGGAUUCAUUCAAGGCAUUGUGGCUUGCCAUACCCCGUGACUCUAGCCGUUGUUCUGCUGCUUUCCGCCUGGCAAGCUUCACAAUUCAAGUUUUGUCCUCCUUUGAAGUGAUAAAGCAUCUUACCAGCGACGACCUAGAGACUCUCAUCUACUAUCUACCACUAGCCGUUCAGUUGAUCGACGACGACCUAAGCAUCGAGCAUUGCAACGGCAUUACUGGGCUGAACCUGGCUAAUCAGCGUGAAGACUACCUGGAAAUAGUCUUCAAAGGGCGGCAGAUCAUUAGUAACUGGAUCCACGCUAAGGAACCCCUGAAGUCUUCACCGAGUGUUACAAUCUCGUCUUCGUUGACUACUUUCUGGGAGAAUAAAUUGGAGACGCUGAGCGGAAAUUCGCCUGUCGAUUACCGCAUUGGAGAGGCUUUCACCAAAAUCAUGACCUCUAUAGACGUUGUGGAGCAUCCCAAAUCGGCGGAUGAAGUUGCGAAGAUUUGUCGAGAGGCAAGAAGCGCGAACGCUAUUCGUUCAGCAUCGUGGUUUGCUGUCUUACGAAGCUCGAUUCUCUCAAGCCCUGUCGGAAACAGAGUUUGUAACGAGUUGGUGGCAGAGUCUACAGGACUCAAGCCCCUUGAUCCCUCCUCCGAUGGACUGCGAAAACUUGCAUUGCUCAACAUCUUACUCUCUGGGGAGGAAAAUUUUGUAUCGACUAUUCCUACGCAAAGAUUGGUCUUCUUAGCCAAGCAUCUGAUUGAAUGCCUUCACUCGGACGUGAAAUUCCUUGGGCUGCGAGCUGAAAUUCUGCGGACAUUGACAUUCAUCAUCCCAGGUCUCGCCGAAAUCUAUGGCUCACACUGGGAGGAGAGCAUGGACAUCCUCAGCGUGAUAUUCAGAGAGACCAAUGGAGGAGAAGAGGGACUACCACUUCUGUUCUCUUCGUUCAGAUUCUUCGCACGUCUGAAGUCCAUGGCUGAAGGAGACAGCAAUGAUGAUCUUCAAGAUGCUUGGUCAGAGCGAAAGACUGGAUUGUUCAAUGAGGUGGCUUCUACCAUCGGAAAUUUCGGUAUGUAUCGAAGGAUUCUCAUUAGGGGGUCAUUUAUAGGAGAGUCCAAGCUUACCCAGAAAUUAGAUUCCGCAACUACCUUCCACCAACCGCGUGACGUUGCCGUCGAGCUUUUGCGACGUCUGAUUAAAUCCAUACCCAUUGAGAAGCUUGAGGACGUCAGUGGGGUCUUUGGCCUCCUAACUGCGCACAGCCGCUCUGUCCAGCGCACUGCUUACACAAUCCUCCACCGGUUUAUUCCUCAAGCACAAGAACAAGUCUCAUUUGAUUUAGCGCUGUCUAAAACAUCCGUCAGCCUCCCAGAUGAGCUUAUAUCCUUGUUGCUGGAGACACCGACAAUGCAAAUGGUCGACGAGGCUUAUGGAGAUGACAGGAUGUGGACCACCGUACGGGCUUACCUCUUGAGUUGGAAAGUGGUGUUUGAUCAUUUCACCAACGCGUCGCUCCCCGUCCAAGAGUUCUACACGACAAACAUCAAGGAAAACGAAGUUUUGAUUCCAUUGUUGGAAUUCACUUUCGACUUCCUUCAAAAGUAUCACGGCAAGAUCGUUGAUGCAUCCAAGUUCGAUGUACAAAACUUUGAACCCGAUCAGUCUGAGACCCCCGAAAAGGAGACACAAUGGCUUUUGAUACAUUUGUACUACCUCUGCCUCCGCCACUUGGCGAACAUGACCAAGAAUUGGUGGAUAGAUACCAAGAAACGAAUCAAGGGCCCAGUGGAAUCAUGGACAGAGAAACAUAUCUCCCCACUCGUGUCCGCAGAUUCCUUCCAAGGUGUUGAAGACUGGAUCUCCACGCAAGAUCCCAACGAGGAGCGAGCACUGAGCGUGAAAAUUGCGCCCAAGACGGCAGAGAUCAUCGCCAGCAUCCCCGUCGAUGAGGAAUCACCCCCAGUCUCCAUUUCGAUUUCUCUCCCACCUGCAUACCCACUUCACCCCGCACUGGUAGUUGGCCGUAGCCGAGUGCUUGUGGACGAGAAGAAGUGGAAGAACUGGCUCCUCACAAUUCAGGGUGUUAUCAUGUUCGCCAACGGUAACCUGGUUGAUGGCCUCCUGGCCUUCCGCCGGAACGUGCAGGGUGCUCUGAAGGGACAGAGCGAGUGUGCCAUCUGCUACUCGGUCAUAUCGACUGAUAUGCAGACGCCGAAUAAGCGAUGUGCCACCUGCAAGAACACUUUCCACUCCGUUUGCCUGUUCCGAUGGUUCAAGAGCAGCAACCAAAGCACCUGUCCCCUUUGCCGCAACAACUUUGUAUAUGUUUGA